CUUUGAGGUGGCUGUUACUGGACCAAGAGAAAAAUGACAUCCAUCAUCAAGUUAACUACGCUCUCUGGGGUUCAAGAGGAGUCUGCUCUGUGCUACCUGCUCCAAGUUGAUGAGUUUCGAUUUUUAUUAGACUGUGGCUGGGAUGAGCAUUUUUCUAUGGAUAUUAUUGAUUCCCUGAGGAAGCAUGUUCACCAGAUUGAUGCUGUCUUGCUGUCGCACCCGGAUCCUCUCCACCUCGGUGCCCUCCCUUAUGCUGUUGGGAAACUGGGGCUAAACUGUGCCAUCUAUGCCACCAUUCCCGUUUACAAAAUGGGACAGAUGUUCAUGUAUGAUCUCUAUCAGUCUCGACACAACACUGAAGAUUUUACACUUUUUACUUUGGAUGACGUGGAUGCAGCCUUUGACAAAAUCCAGCAGUUAAAGUUUUCUCAGAUUGUGAAUUUGAAAGGUAAAGGACAUGGCUUGUCCAUCACCCCUCUGCCAGCUGGUCACAUGAUUGGUGGAACCAUAUGGAAAAUUGUCAAGGACGGAGAAGAAGAAAUUGUGUAUGCAGUUGACUUCAACCACAAGAGGGAGAUCCACUUAAAUGGAUGUUCCUUGGAAAUGCUCAGCAGACCAUCCCUUCUUAUCACAGACUCCUUUAAUGCCACGUAUGUGCAACCGAGACGGAAGCAGAGAGACGAGCAGUUGCUAACCAAUGUUCUGGAGACACUGCGCGGUGACGGGAACGUGCUUAUUGCAGUGGACACUGCGGGCAGAGUGUUGGAGCUCGCCCAGCUGCUCGACCAGAUUUGGAGGACUAAAGAUGCCGGGCUGGGUGUCUACUCACUGGCCCUUCUCAAUAAUGUCAGCUAUAACGUGGUGGAGUUCUCCAAGUCCCAGGUAGAAUGGAUGAGCGACAAAUUGAUGAGAUGCUUUGAAGACAAAAGGAACAAUCCAUUUCAGUUUCGCCAUCUGUCUCUCUGUCAUGGUCUUUCCGACUUGGCCCGAGUGCCAAGCCCCAAAGUGGUACUGGCCAGUCAGCCUGACCUCGAGUGUGGCUUUUCAAGGGAUCUCUUUAUUCAGUGGUGUCAGGACCCGAAAAAUUCCAUCAUCCUGACUUACAGAACUACUCCUGGGACGCUGGCACGCUUCCUCAUUGAUAAUCCUUCUGAGAAAAUUACAGAAAUAGAGCUGAGGAAACGUGUGAAGCUGGAAGGGAAAGAACUGGAAGAAUACUUAGAAAAAGAGAAACUAAAGAAGGAAGCUGCUAAAAAACUUGAGCAGUCCAAAGAGGCAGAUCUGGACUCCAGUGAUGAGAGUGACGUGGAGGAAGAUAUCGACCAGCCGUCGGCUCAUAAAACCAAGCACGACCUGAUGAUGAAAGGGGAGGGCAGUCGAAAAGGAAGUUUCUUCAAACAGGCCAAAAAGUCCUACCCAAUGUUUCCUGCCCCUGAAGAAAGGAUUAAGUGGGACGAAUAUGGAGAAAUUAUCAAGCCCGAGGAUUUCUUAGUGCCAGAACUUCAGGCUACUGAAGAAGAAAAGAAUAAGCUUGAAUCGGGCAUGGCUAAUGGUGAUGAACCCAUGGACCAGGAUUUAUCCGAUGUUCCCACCAAGUGUGUAUCUGCAACAGAAUCUAUCGAAAUAAAAGCCAGAGUUACAUACAUCGACUACGAAGGUCGCUCCGACGGGGAUUCCAUCAAAAAGAUCAUUAAUCAGAUGAAGCCACGACAGCUGAUCAUUGUUCAUGGCCCGCCAGAGGCCAGCCAGGACCUCGCCGAAUGUUGCCGCGCAUUUGGCGGCAAAGAUAUUAAAGUGUACAUGCCCAAGUUGCAUGAGACCGUCGAUGCCACAAGCGAGACUCACAUCUACCAGGUGAGAUUGAAAGAUUCGCUCGUCAGCUCCCUUCAGUUCUGCAAGGCCAAAGAUGCUGAGCUGGCCUGGAUCGAUGGUGUCUUAGACAUGAGGGUCUCCAAAGUGGACACAGGUGUUAUCCUGGAGGAAGGAGAACUGAAGGACGAUAGUGAAGACCCUGACAUGCAGGUGGACGUGCCUUCGGACCCCAGUGUCAUUGCCCAACAGAAGGCCAUGAAGAGUCUAUUUGGGGAUGAUGAAAAAGAGGCAGGUGAUGAAAGCGAGAUCAUCCCAACUCUGGAGCCCUUGCCGCCGCACGAGGUUCCUGGACACCAGUCGGUUUUUAUGAACGAGCCAAGGCUGUCAGACUUCAAGCAAGUUCUUUUACGGGAGGGGAUCCAAGCUGAGUUUGUAGGAGGUGUGCUUGUUUGCAACAAUCAAGUUGCAGUUCGCAGAACGGAAACUGGACGCAUCGGAUUAGAAGGCUGCCUUUGUCAAGACUUUUAUCGGAUAAGAGACCUUUUGUAUGAGCAGUACGCCAUCGUGUAAAAGAAGCCCUGUCAAGAAGUAGCUGACCUUUCUAAGAAAAAGGGAUUCAUCCCUGAUUCUGAGCUUUGCCUUUUUUUUUUUUUCUGUUUAUUUGUUUUAUAACAUACAAAAAGAACCUUCCAGAAAAAAAAAAACAUUUGAUUUUUGCAGAAGUAAUCCAGAGUAUCCAGCUAAUGCUCCAGUGAGGGCCCAGCAGUGAGAUUUCUGAUGCCUCUUGCUUGGACCCAUGUGGACAGCGUUCAGCUCCCUCACAGAUUCCUGAUUCCAGAAGAUCCCUCAGGGGUCUCUCACAGAUCCAUGAUUCAAGAAGGGCUUUUUACUUCAGUUAAACCAUGCAACUUAGCAAGCCAGCUCAUGGCCUUCGAGAACAACAGUUGCAUGAAUCGUUGCAAACAUUUCCUUAAUGCUUUCUGGGAUGGAAAGGGAGAACUCUUUAGAAAAG